GUCAGCACUUCCUUUCACACACAAGAUGGCUGACGAGGCGACCAGGCGAGCUGUGUCUGAGAUUCCCUUGCUGAAAACCAACUCGGGUCCGAGAGACAAGGAGCUGUGGGUGCAGAGGCUGCGAGAGGAAUACCUGGCCCUUAUCAAGUAUGUAGAAAACAACAAGCAGGCAGACAAUGACUGGUUCCGGCUGGAAUCCAAUAAGGAGGGAACCAGGUGGUUUGGGAAAUGCUGGUAUAUUCACGAUUUGCUGAAAUAUGAAUUUGAUGUUGAGUUUGAUAUCCCGGUUACCUAUCCUGCCACAGCUCCUGAAGUCGCAAUUCCUGAACUCGACGGCAAGACGGCCAAAAUGUACAGGGGCGGAAAGAUUUGCCUGACCGAUCACUUCAAGCCGCUCUGGGCGCGGAACGUCCCCAAAUUCGGACUGGCGCACUUGAUGGCUCUAGGGCUUGGACCGUGGCUGGCAGUUGAAAUCCCGGAUCUCAUAGCCAAGGGGCUGAUUGAACACAAAGAGCAGCAGACCAGCUGAGAAGCCUGUGUUACAGCCUGAGGAGAGACUGGCACAUCCACCUCCCUUACUCGUCUGUCUGUCUGAGGAGAGACUGGCACAUCCACCUUUCUCUGUCUGUCUGUCUGAGGAGAGACUGGCACAUCCACCUUUCUCUGUCUGUCUGAGGAGAGACUGGCACAUCCACCUCUCUCUGUCUGUCUGUCUGAGGAGAGACUGGCACAUAUACUUCCCUCCUUCCAUCUGUCUGUCUGUCUGAGGAGAGAAUGGCACAUCCACCUCCCUCCCUCCAUCUGUCUGUCUGUCUGAGGAGAGAC